AUUUUGACAAGAAGCCAGCUUGACAAUUCCUCUCCUCCACCUCCCCAGCCAAAUCCGAAUUCGUCUUCUCUCCCUUUCGAUUUUGCUUGUUUGUUAUUGCGCUCUCUGGAUCUGGAUUCGAAGAGAAGCUGUGCAGGGCCGACGUGGUUGCGUGGAUCAUCUGUCCGUUGUUCUGGGGUUCCCGGCCGUCGUUGAUUGUGGUGUGGCUUUAUGGUUCAGUUGGCGGGUUACGGCAAGCUGCGGCGGGGGUCCGAGCUGCCGGUGAAGAGGCCUUUGGUUGCGGACGCGUCGGGUUCUGUGAAGUUGGAGAUUGAGGACCAGUUUGAGGGCGAACGAGGGCCGGUCGUCAAGCGAACUAAGUGGGGAACGGGUAGCAUGCCGCCAACUGAGGUCAUCCAGAAUAGCUUACUUAAUGAACCUAGUCCACUUGGUCUUCGUUUGAGAAAGAGUCCGUCACUACUGGAUUUGAUUCAAAUGAGAUUGUCUCAAGCAACUUCUUCUUCCAAUUCAUCUUGCACGACAAAUAAUGAGAGCUUGGAUGAAAGCAAAAAGAAAGAUACAAAAUCUGAUGGAUUUUUGACUAUCAAUGAAAAGAUGAAAGCCUCCAACUUUCCAGCUUCCCUUUUAAGGAUUGGGACUUGGGAGUAUGUAUCAAGGUAUGAAGGAGAUUUAGUUGCCAAGUGCUACUUUGCAAAGCGGAAGCUUGUAUGGGAGAUUCUUGAUGGUGGUCUCAAAAGCAAGAUCGAGAUCCAAUGGUCUGAUAUCACAGCCCUUAAGGCAAAUUCUCCAGAAGAUGGUCCAGGGACUUUGGAUAUAGUGUUUUUGCAGCUGGCUAGACAACCUCUUUUCUUUAGGGAGACCAAUCCACAGCCUAGAAAGCACACUCUAUGGCAGGCUGCUUCUGACUUCACUGAAGGGCAAGCUAGCAUACACAGGAUUCACUUUCUGCAAUGUCCCCAAGGUGUAUUAAGCAAACAUUUUGAGAAGCUUAUCCAAUGCGAUCCACGGUUAUGUGCACUAAGUUCUGAACCAGAAAUUAGUUUAAAAAGCCCAUUCUUUGAACCAAAAAGCUCUUUUUUAGAGGACCAUGAAGAAUACAAGUGCCAUCAAUUUGAUAAGUUGAAGGACACAUAUGGAUCUGCAAUUCAGGAAUCAUCUUCAAGUUGUACUAGCACGUCAGCUUCUGUUAAGAAUGACAUCAGAGAUUCUGUUGCUAGGUUGUCAGAUGUUUCCAUGGGUGAUAUUCAUGCACAAGAUCCAGUGAUAAAAUCUGGAUUUCUCAAAGGAGUUAAUGCAGUUGGCUCUGAGGUUACUAAUCUUCAAAACUCCUGGGAUCAGUUGAAAGCUUCUGGACUGAAGCCUUCAAUGUCUGUUAGUGACUUUGUAAGUCAACUGGAACAAUGCAUCUCUGAGCAGAUCACUUCAGGCAAUCCACAUUUAUCGGGGGCUACAGCGCCUGCCAAGGUGAUGUUGGAAGAGUUGGUUCAGCACCUCUUCAGUGAUUCCCAGGUUCCUGCGUCUGAUGAAAACUGUGUCAUGACGAAAGUGAAUUCCUUUUGCUCCCUGCUCCAGAAGGAUGUUGGUGUGGUACAGAGCCAACAGAUGAAGGGCGCUUCCACUUCAGCCUGUGCUGGUGUCUUGCAUAAUGAUUCAUUGGAGCACACGUCAGUUCAGGAAGACAUCGGCACAAAGAAUGCAACAGGAAUGCCGAGAAGAGAUUCAUUCGGGGAGUUGCUGAUGCAUCUUCCGCGAAUUGCCUCACUACGUCAGUUCUUGUUCGAUAUCGCAGAAGAAGAUUGUAAUCCCUCUUGUCCUGCAUCUAAUGAAAAUUCUGUCAUGAUGAAAGUGAAUUCCUUUUGCUCCCUGCUCCAGAAAGAUGGUGUGGUACAGAGCCAACAGAUGAAGGGCGCUUCCACUUCAGCCGGCGAUAGUGCCAUGCAUAAUGAUUCAUUGGAUCACACAUUAGCUCAGGAAGACACGGGUACAAAGAAUGCAACAGGAAUGUCAAGAAGAGAUUCUUUCGGGGAGUUGCUGAUGCAUCUUCCACGAAUUGCCUCACUGCCUCAGUUCCUGUUUGAUAUCGCAGAAGAAGAUUGUAAUCCCUCGUCUCCUUCAAUCUAACAAAGCGUGCAGAUUCGCCUUAGGUGUUUGUAUCUUCUCUUUAUGUAAAUAGUAAAAGUCAAGGUAAAAUUCAGAGCUUCAGGUACUUGGUAGGACGAAGUAUCGCAAAUAUGUUUGAAUAAUGUAGUUUUUGACUUAUUUUUGUGCUUUCGUGAUGUUACUUCCUUCAUCUUGGUCUUUGUUAAUAGGCUGGGUGAAAACGAUCUCUUAUUUAAAUAGCCAAAAUUCAGCUUGAUCAUUUUGUUUUA